AUGUCGAUCCCGUGUCCCCCACCACCCGACGAGCUCGGCGAUCCUGGCACAUUCAAAGGGAAAAAGAUCGUUAUCGGCGUUUGCGCAAUGCAGCGCAAAGCGACGAGCAAACCGAUGCGUGCGAUUAUGGCGAAAAUUGUCGAGUACUACAAAGACUGGCUAGAGUAUUUCGUUUUUCCUGAAGAUGUCAUCAACAACGAGCCCGUCGAGCGAUGGCCUUUAUGCGAUUGUUUAAUCUCAUUUCAUUCAACAGAAUUCCCUCUUCACAAGGCGAUCGAGUACAAAAAGUUGCGGCGGCCCUAUGUGAUAAACGACUUGCAGCGACAGUAUGACUUGCUGGAUAGGAGGAAAGUUUUUGCCACAUUAGCUCAUCACAAGAUCGAACAUCCGAGACAUGGCGCUGUGAUUCGAGAGAAAAACAAGGAUGGAGUUAGUGAACUUGUGACCGAGAAUGUGCUCGUCGAACACGCAGAUCACAUCGAAGUGAAUGGGAUGGUUUUCAAUAAACCUUUUGUCGAGAAGCCACUUUCCGCCGAGGAUCACAAUGUUUACAUCUAUUAUCCAAGCUCAGUCGGUAGUGGGAGUCAACGUUUAUUCCGAAAGAUCAACAAUCGAUCCAGCUGGUAUUCGCCGAUUUCCGAGGUGCGAAAAGAUGGCAGUUACAUUUAUGAGGAUUUCCUGCCGGCUGAUGGGAUCGAUGUCAAGGUCUACGCCGUUGGUCCCUAUUAUGCUCACGCGGAGGCACGGAAAGCACCGGGAUUAGAUGGAAAGGUUGAACGAGACGCUGAUGGAAAAGAGGUUCGCUAUCCAGUCAUUCUCAGUCACAAAGAGAAGAUGAUCGCUCGGAAAAUCGUUCUAGCUUUUGGGCAAACCGUUUGUGGCUUCGAUUUACUUCGAGCAAAUGGGAAAUCGUUUGUCUGUGAUGUGAAUGGAUUCAGCUUUGUGAAGACGAGCACGAAAUAUUAUGAGGACACAGCGAAAAUUCUUGGGAACACGAUUUUACGCAGACUUGCACACACACUAUCGAUUCCGGUCUCAUUGUCGAAGUUGAACGACGAAUUGCCGCCAGUGCUCGAUCUUGGAUUAGGAGAUGAUCCACCACUCGUCUCAACACCAUCCGGGAAAUUGAUGGAAUUGCGAUGUGUGUUGGCAGUGAUUCGACAUGGUGAUCGAACACCGAAGCAGAAAAUGAAGGUGAUUGUGGACGAUCAACGCUUUUUUACGCUCUUCGAGAAAUAUGAUGGAUAUAAAAAGAAUGAAAUCAAGAUGAAACGUCCGAAUCAGUUGAUUGAGGUUUUGGAGUUGGUCAGAGAGAUUCUACAUGAGCAACAGGCUCAACGAAACGAUCUAUUGCAUCAGUUGGAGGAGUGCGAGGAACGUGGCGAGUGCUCGAUGGAGGUUGAGCAAAAUUUGGAGCGCACAGAGGAUGCUGUGAAGAAAUGGGAUCAAAUGCGGACAGUUCUAGAAAUGUACGGUCACUUCUCGGGGAUCAAUCGAAAAGUGCAGUUGAAAUACUUGAAAGCGAGAGAUGUGAAGAGUGGGGAAAGUGGCGAGGAGACGACGAAACACCAGAACCCGGCACUCUUGCUUAUUCUGAAAUGGGGCGGAGAGUUGACGACAGCAGGAAAUCUUCAAGCUGAAGCACUUGGGAAAUUAUUUCGAACGCUUUACCCGGGAAUUCGUCGUACUGAUGGCAAGAGUAGUCCCGAGGAUACGCAAGGUCUAGGCUUUUUACGACUUCAUUCAACUUAUCGUCAUGAUCUGAAAAUCUAUGCGAGUGAUGAGGGGAGAGUGCAAAUGACAGCUGCGGCUUUUGCUAAGGGCCUUUUGGCACUUGAGGGCGAGUUGACACCGAUUUUGAUGCAAAUGGUGAAAAGCGCGAAUACGGAUGGGCUGUUGGAUGAUGAUUGUCAUGCAAGAGAUGUGCAAAACGAGUUGAAACACUUUUUACAUCAAGCACUACAGGUAGACGCCGAUUGGACUCAAGAGGAUGCGGAAGCAUUGAAUCCGAAUGGACUCAAAUCGAUUCAGCAAGCAAUGGAAACGAUCAAAAAUCCGCGUCGAAUGUGUCAUGAGAUUGCCGGCUAUGUGCAACGCAUGUGCGACAUCAUUCAAUGGCAUAAAACGAAUAAACCACACCGAACACUGUACUUGAACGAGUCGUGGGAUCUGGCCGAACGUCGCUGGAAGAAAGAGCUCAGAGAAUUUCAACGAAUGACCCGAGGCAAGGGUCGAGUCGAUGACUACGAGUACGAUAUCAGCAAGAUUCCCGACAUUUACGAUAAUAUCAAGUAUGACAUGGAGCACAAUCCGGACCUUUGCGACAAUAUCGAGGGCGAGUUUGAGCGUUUCUAUUUGUGUGUCAAAGCGAUGGCUGAUAUUGUUGUACCACAAGAGUACGGUAUCCGAAUCGAGAACAAGAUCCAUGUGGCGCAACGCGUGUGCACACCGCUCGUGAAAAAGAUUCGAAACGAUUUGCACAGAUGCAUUGCAAAUGAGGAAGAGGACGAAAGUCAAACGCGGCUCGAUCCAAGGGCCUCCCAAGGGAUCGCGACUCCGUUGCGCCAUGUACGCACUCGAUUGUACUUCACGAGUGAAUCGCAUAUUCACACGUUGAUGAAUCUGAUUCGAUACGGUGGACUGUGCACGAUUGAUGACAAAAAGUGGCAACGAGCGAUGAAUUUCCUCUCGACAGUCACCGAGUUCAACUACAUGACACAAGUUGUUUUAAUGGUUUACGAGGAUAAUUCAGCGUCAGGCAUGGAUCGCUUUCAUAUUGAAUUACUCUUUUCACCGGGCUUGUAUCCGUGUUUUUUAACUGAAAAGGAGCGAAUCUACGAGACACGCUUCAACUCAAAAAGCAACGGGAUGAAGAAAAGCGAGUCGAAAGACGAGUCGACAUUGAAUUUGGCGAGUUUAGGACGUCAAGAUUCAAAGAGUGAGCGCUCUUCUCCCGUCGCUCAGCCAACUCCACUAAACGCUUUACAAGUACCAACAGCUUCUGAGGAUACUGUAUCUGUUUCUUCGACGAAUGCCCCGACAGCUCAAGGCCUUGUUGUUCAAGUUCUUGCUAAACCAGCUGAUUCAGAAGAUGAUUUAAAUGAUGGAGAAGCGGUAAACCUUGUUGCUUUAGAUGAAGUAAACAAUAAACAAUACGUGGUUGGUGAAAGUGAGAAAGCGGCGCAACGAAAGAGGAACUCAGCUGGAGCCGAGAAAGCCAGUGAGGAUGGUGAUGCGCCGAGGGAUAAGGAAGAUUGGGACAAAGCGUGGCGCAGUCAACGCAGUGGAAGUCAAUUGAGCAUCGGCGAAGAAGCCACAACACCCAUCAAUCCUCCUGAGAGCCAGUGCACAAUUGGGCCCAGUCGGGGGAAAUGGGCAAAAGAGCUGGUGGAUGCGACGAAAAAAGCGAUUCAAGCGUUGAAAGAGACAGAAAACGCGAUAAAGGAGGAGGAAGAGCCGCCAAAACCAGUGAAAAAGCGAGAGAGUACUAGCGAAGAGCGCAAAAACGGCGAUCCAGCUCGUAGAAGUCGUUUCCCGUAUCGAUUCAAGCAUCACACCGUCAACUUGCUUUCAGAUGCAGCAGCGGUAGAGAAUCGAUUGGUCUCCACAAAUGUCCUGAUGGGAAGGCUCGAUGAUCGAGAUAAGAAAAAACAAUGUACGAGUUUCCAAGGGCCAGUCGUCCUGUCGACAGCUGUGAUCGCUCGCUCGUCGAGUGCUCCCCGAUUGCAGACGUAUCGAGCAGAGGAAGAGAUCCCAGUGGCUGAGAUUAAACGCUUCUGGCCGCCGCUUCGAUCGUUGGAGACUUUACACGAUAAUUUAUCCUUUGUGCAAUUCGAUCAAUUUUUGGUGAAUCUCUUGUCGAAAACACCGCUCCCAUCACCGCCGAAGACUCCUCUUCCAUCAGAGAACUCGUCGGAAUCAAGUCAAAACGAUCGUCCCUCAUUCUCUUGUGAUUUUCAACAGAAUAUGGAAAGAUUGGAGAUUGAAGAGAUUGAAGAAUCAGCUAAAGAAUCGGCUAAAGAAUCUGCUAAAGAAUCGUCUAAA